UUCUAGAUUCCUUUGCAAGGUCUUACAUAAAUUAUUAUCAUGGCAACAAACGAGGAUAUAGGUUCUAGCCAAGUUAUUUCAGGCGAAGGUUACAACAAAAAGUGUAUAUUUUGUAAAAUAGUUAACAAAGAAAUGGGCACAGAGCUUCUUCAUUCGGACGAGGACAUCUCUUGUUUCAAAGACAUCAGGCCUGGAGCACCCCAUCACUACCUUGUCGUGCCCACCAGACACGUUGGCAACUGUAAUUCACUAAGCAAAGAGCACGUGCAUCUGGUGGAGCGCAUGGUGGAUACUGGGAAGAAGAUACUGCUGGAGAACAGUGUGACAGACCUCAGCGAUGCCAGGUUUGGUUUCCACUGGCCCCCUUUCUGUUCUGUCAGUCACCUGCACCUGCACGUCCUGGCUCCUGCCAGUCAAAUGGGCCUGAUGUCCCGCCUCUUUUACCGCCUCAACUCUUAUUGGUUCAUCACAGCAGACCAGCUAAUUGAACACCUGAACUCCAAAGGAGAGCUUAAUUAAGUGAUAAAAAUGAUGUCAUCAUUUGAAGCUGAUUUUGGGCUUGAGUCUGAUUGUGUGAGAAGGUGUGUGCAUGUGAGGAAUGUGUGUGUGGGUGAGCUUGUAUAUAUGUGUUUGAUGACUAGUAGGGGUGCUAUUGCCGUGAUGACAAACACAAUUUUUUUGUCGUAUCAAGCCGAGCUGCCUCAAUCAGAAACAAAUCUUUUGAGCUGUUUUAAAAUUGGCCCCCAAUAGAUGCAUGGAAACGUACUGCUUGUUUCUGAAAUGAUUGUCAAUACAUCGAUCUUAUAAGUAAUGACAAAUGUCCCAAGUUUGACCUGUAAAAAGACAUCUUAAGUGUUCUCCUGGAAGAGGUACUUUUAUCAUGUGUGUUUACCGUAGUACAGUAGCCACAGCAUACACUAUGCAAAAGGAUAUCUAAAUCCUAAGAUAAACAAACAGGACAGAUGAGAUCAAAUCUUAAAUGAGGGGAAACGUUCCACUUUCAUACACCGAAUAACAGCAUUAUUAGUUAUUCAUCUGGUUGAUCAAUAGAGGUCUCUUUCAUCCCAUUAUAUUUGUGUCUGUCAGGGAGCACAGUCAACAAAGGACACUCAUGAGCAUGUAGCAACAUUUGUUGUAGAAUAUUGUCAAGUUAAUUAUAAUACAGCUGAAUGUUGAAGUGAAUGACAAUGUAUCCUUGACUGAGUGCUACAUUACAAUACAAUUUGUUUUAUCCAUUGAUUGAUGGAUUAUGUUUAAUGAAUGUGAUGCUGCUGCUAACCAGUAUCAGUUUAAUGAUGACUGGGAUGAUACCAUGUUUCCCCCUGCAAGGGAAGCACCAUUCUAAUGGAACUGCUAACAGUUGCUCCAGCUGAUUUCCCAAUAAUUAUGUGAAAGCUAAGGACUGCCUGGAUUGACAUUCCAAAUGUAUCUCAGAAAAUGAGUUUGUGAAUGUUUCAAUGUUGUUACAAAAAAACAUGUCAACAUAAAUAGCUGUGUACAGUACUUUCAAUAAAGGAAAAAAUCAACAA